CGAAGCAAAGAUGAGGUUGCAAUUGGCAAUAGUGCUCUGUAUACAGCUGGCUGUUGUGCUUGGUCAAGACCCGACUACAACCACUGACACGACCACGACCACGGACACCACUACGACCACGGACACAACUACGACCACGGACACCACUACGACCACCCCGACAACCACAACCACUGACACAACUACGACCACCCCGACCACCACAACCACUGACACAACUACGACCACUGACACAACUACGACCACCCCGACAACCACAACCACUGACACAACCACAACCACUGACACAACUACGACCACCCCGACCACCACAACCACUGACACAACUACGACCACUGACACAACUACGACCACCCCGACAACCACAACUACUGACACCACCACCACCACACCAACAACUACGUCCACCCCGACAACAACCACCACGCCAACAACAACAACUGGCACAGCUACCACCACGACGGGACCUACAACUACAACUGGCAAAACCACCACGUCCAAGACGACUAAACCAACUACUACGAAAACAGUAAAGCCAACCACAACCAAAAAGCCAACCACAACCAAAACAACAAAGCCAACUACAACCAAAACGACAACCACCAAGAAGCCGACCACCACGAAGCCUCCCGUCUGUGCUGGGCAGAGCUAUGAGACAAUGAGAAAAUGCUGCCGUGAGCCUCCAGCAAAUUUCAUCAACAUCACCAAGAACGAUAAAACUUGCGGCAUAAGCACCACCAACGUCAAAGUGUUUAACAUUUUCAGCCUGAAUAAGCAGCAAUCUUUAAAGAAGGGAUGGAAUAACUCUCUCCUCUUGAACGACACCAGCGUCGGAAAGAGCCUUUACCCUCUUGCUUAUUUUGCUGACUGCUGGUUCAGGGCUAAGGGAGUGAUCAACAAUGACACUGGCGAAAUCGAUGCAACAGCACUGGCAGCGUUAAUUACCACAAAUCAAACUGAUUACUGGACGAAUAUUCUAGGACAAGCAGCACCAACUUGUCUCCAAAUAGUUACAUCACUGUCUCCUCCACUUUUCGUGAAAGAUAAAAAGUCGAACGUAAGCAGCACUGCAUUCUUCGUAGCCCAAUGCCUUGCUUUCGUCUCAAUCGAGUACUGCGAAAUUAGAGUGAACUCAACAUCAUGCAACAAAGAUUACAAAAUGUUUGACACUUGCAAAUAUUACCUCUACCCAGAGUUGACUACUCCAGGAUCGUCCAAGCUAAAAUUAGUCGCCUCGAGAACUGUCGCUUCUAAGAAUCCCAAACUUGAUAUUCGCCAAAGAAGUAUGAGCAAAAAGGUUGGAAAAUGAAACAGAAAGAGCUAGAAUGGCUACUUGAUUUGAUGACGACCACUGCGAGAUAACCGGAAUAAUUUUAAGAAACCCUUAAAUAAUUUGGACACUGUAAAAUGAAAUAAUAAUAAAAUUUACAACUAUAAAUG